AUGAGACCCCCUAAGGAGAUCAAAAGGCUUGGGGGAUUCCUCCCGAAGGGCCAGACAGGCUUCCAGUCUCAACCCCCAAACACCAGCCUCUUCAAUCACAUGAAAGGUACCCCCAACAUCCAGAGCCGGGACGAUGACGGGUUCGUUUCCACCAGUGCCAGCGAACCCGUGGCAGCGACAUUUGUUUACAAGAAACCUUCCGCCUUCGUGUACAAGAUCCACGCCACGCCUAACAUGGUCGACACCGUCGGCACCCUUGGCAAAUACAGCGACUUCGACGCGGAAGAAGAGUUCGCGGCGCUAGGAGGUAUCAAGUAUGACCAGAUUGUUUCCUGGAGGACGUUGGAUGGCAGGAACCUCGGAAAGUCAACGCCAAACAAGGACUUUGACAGGAGAAAGUACAGCUCGUCGGUCGCCGGCGGCGUGCAAUAUCAGCUGGCCGGUUUCCCUCCAAACCACAAGGCUUGGCGCGAAGAGCCCUGGAAGAAGCACAAGCCCACAAAACGCGACAUUGAUAAGGGACCAGACCCGGAUCUCGGUUUCGCAGAGCAAACCUCGCCACACAGCUCGUCUUCGGGCGUCCUGCCACCGCGAGAGCCCUCUAGUGAGUGA